AGCCUCCCGCGUCCUCCGUCGACGUCAACCCUUCAACAAGCCAGAGACAGCCCGUCGAGAGUCCCCUAAAGGCUCUAACGCGUCUAGGGCCUCUAAAAUUCCCUAAAAUCCCGCCUCGUCGCCGGGCUUCCAAGUCUCACUUGCCACUCCACCGGCCCCAAACCAACCAGGCCAAGCGCCCUCCCACGAUCCCAGUCUUGUCUUGCUUGACUUGCUCGCUGCCGUCAUGAAUUCCGGCGUCCCCAGGAGAAAACCCAUCCCCUCCGCCGCCUCCCAAUCCCUCCAUCCCGACAACCCCUACGCGCACAGUCGCUCUGCCAACUCCUCCAACACCUACCAAUCCAGCCUCGAUCCGCCCCAGCAGCGCCCUCCGCCCUCACACAUGCAGGUCCACGCCUACACCUCCCGUCGCACGCCCUCGCAGGGCACUUUCUCUACCAUCGGCAGCAGCGGGAAUGGUCCCCUCCCCUACCGCCAGGCCUCGCAGGACCGCCGCACCUCGACCUCCUCCCGCUCCGGCCCCGUUGCCCAACCCCCAAGCUACGUCGCCCUGAUGCGGAAACAGAAGGCCACUGUCUGGUGCGACCGCGCGCAGCAGGAAGACCCGCGGUUGCUGGCGGCCCAGCGAGCCGCGAAGAUGCGAGCCACCAUGGAAGUCAUCGGCGGUGCCGGCACCGGGAGGACAUCCACGAGCGGCUCCGGCAACUUGUCAAGCGGCAACCGGGUCACGGCUAAGAUCCGACAUCACGGCAAGGCCGGUCUGGUCGGCUACAGCCCGGGAGAUCUCGUGGGGGGCAUCGGCGGCGUGCCGAUGCGGUUGAGCGCAAGCGAGGUCGAGGGGGGUGAUUCUGAUGACGAUGCUGACAGCGGGCGGGUGAACGGGCUGGGCCCCUACCACCAGCGCUCCCACAGCGGACGGAGCAGUAUCGGCAGCGGUGGCCGGCGAGGUCUCACCUACUCACGGCAGUCAGGCGCGAGUUCCACGGCCGGGCGGUGGAGUUCCGGCAACACGCCCCCCGACCCCUCGGCUGACGCGAGCGAGACCCCUGUGUCGGGCACCUCGAAGGACUACUUCCCCCCAGGGGGCAACCGGGACGGCACGCGCAGCGCAGGCAGCGGGAGCAGUGGUGAGCGCGCUGACAACGUGGGCGAGCUGGGAUCGGCCGACGCGGCCCGGCUGGCCAGUAACAGCCUCAUGAAAGCGACGAUCACGCGGGAGAAGAGCGUGCGGAAUCCGGAAGAGUUACGUCGGAGGGGUAGUGUGGAUGAUCGGACGAUGACGAUGAGCCAUGGACGCUUGUAUAUUGCGAAUCCGGAUGCAGAUAGUGAUUAGGAGAUGGUAUCAGGGUCGGCCAACAGAGGGCAGGCGGUACUAUCCGAAGGAGAGGACAUCCACGGGGAGACAAGAAAGAGAGAGAGAACACCAAGGACCAACACCAGGCAGGGUGUAUCCGCGAGACGGCUGCUGGUCCAUGCAUUUUACAUCAUAACGGCGUAUGGCGAACGCGGGCGCUCUGGUC